UGUCAGUUGUAUAAAGUUCAGGAAAAAACCUAACUUUCGGGUUACAAAAUAAAAUUUUCAGUGUCCAUAGUGAUGAUAUUUUAGAAACAGGACUGAAAUAAAACCGCCGUAAUGGAGCAAAUGUAUCUCGUAGAAAUAUUCAUAGACAAGGUGACAAUCUUCGUAUUCGACGAUGAAGAAUCGAGCGGUGCAAAUAAAAAACUAAUUGUCAAAAUAAGAUUUGGUCCCAAAGUGGAAUUUAUAAUUAAAGAGGGCCAAUUAGCUUUAAACGAAAACACAAAGGAUGAUAUCAUCGAGUGCGACGACAGUGGCAGACGAAAAUGGUCACGGACCAUAAGAGUUGGAAAAUCGUAUUUAUUUCCCUCUUAUUCAGAUACAGUACUCAUGAUAUUGAGUAAGUUCCCAUUGGAAAUUGAAAUCUGGAAUGAUGAUGAAAAUGAAGUAGACAUUUUUGUUGGUAUUGGAACUAUGCAUUGGGAAACAGAAUUCUUCCAUAUGUUAAAAGAAACUGCUGUAGCUAGUAAGAUCCACGAACCGCUUACCAUAAAACAAAAUACGCCGCUAUUUGCUGAAUGCUGUUGCAAGCAAGUUGGGGAAAUUUCUUUCAUACUCCGAUUAAGUGCUUUAGGAGAAAGUAUUAUUACAGAAUUCCAGCAAUUAAUGAAAGAUCCAGACACCUUUGUUUUCAGAACAAAUAAAGCACCAAGCAUGUUUCAAUGUAAAAGGGUCGAGGGUGACGAUCCAAACUUCUGUAUGGUGGGCAGUCUCUAUGAAACGACUACAUUAGAAGAUCCCACGUUAACAAAUAAUGCACAAGAAAAAAUUGAAAUUUGUACAGAAUUACAGAGUUGCGGUGUACAGAGAGAUCCGGAUGGAGCUAGUUGUAAGCAUGAUGUGGAAGAUACAGAGGCACAGCUUAAAAAAUCAUAUCCCAUCGAUAAGAUCAGAAUGGGUGAUAUCACAGGUCCAUGUGGAAAUGCAAAUUGUCCAUUAGCUCAUAAGGUCAGAACAUAUAUUAGAAACUUAGAAACAUAUAAACGAGAAGCAGCAGGUAAAGUAACUGAAACAAAAGGAGAUGUUACAAGAAAAGUGUGUGGUACCUGUGUUUGUAAAGAUGAUCGUUGGCAUCGUGAAGAAUGUCCCGAAAUGUUAGAAAAAGAAGGUAAACAAGGUAAAGUUGUAUGUUCAGGGUGCGGUGGCACAACACAAGCGGGAGAAACUUGUGAUGAACAACAAAAAAAGUUGGGCAUGAACCCUAAUUCUAAUAAAACAGUCGCAUACAUAUAUAGUGUCACUAAUGUUCCGGGAUUUAAUGUAUCUUUGAACGGAAAACAAUUUAUCACAGAAAAUCUUAAGCAAAACUGUUAUUAUCAAUCUACUCCUGGAAAUGAGCCAUCAAGCAAUAAAGUUGGGUGUAGUUGUGGUCGAAGUGGAUGUACAUGGAGUCAAUUUGAAAAUACGAAUUUGUUCGAUUUGCCAACGAUUCCCCUUAAUACGAAAAAUUCAGAUACUCGUAAUAAAGUGGCUGCACGCCAAGCUUUAGUCUAUAAUUUUGACGUAAAGGAGUCAAAACGAAAAUUGCAAGUUUUCGAUUGUGUCGAAAUUGCUGAUGAUAAAGAUUGUAAAUGUAAUCCACCAAAGCCAUCUCCACCUUGCAAGACAUUCGACUGUGAGUGUAUGACAGAAACUACUAACGUCGCAGCAAGAAAGAGUCAUCGACCAUAUUGUCCAUCUUACAAACACAAAGCAAAUUGUCCAGUAACAAUGAUGCAAGAAGACGAAGAAAAGAAGAAAGCAGAAGAUGAUGAAGACGAGGCUGAACCAUUGCCAUACGGGUUACCUCCUAUCAAACUCGGUCCCUGUCCAGUAUUAGGCAGACCUUGUUGUGUCCCUGAUGGCUUUGCAAGGAUGUACAAGACUGCGGCAUUACCUGCCCAGCCACCAAGCUAUAGCGAUGCAGGAAAAGUUUGCUGUUCCAAAGAGUAUGAACGUAUAAAGAAGGCUAUUAAAGAUUAUAUGAAGUAUGAAAAAGAUCACGACUUUAGAUGUGUUAAUAAAUUCAACGUGGACACUGAAAGACGAUGUUGCGAUAAAGAACAGAGAUUACUAUCCCUAAUGGGCAAGGAAUGUUGUGGUUCCCACAAAUUAGCCAUACAGGAGAAAUUUAAAGAAGAAAAGAAUCCUUGAUAUUUUAUUUUGUAACCCACUAGUGUAUAAUAUUAAGAUCUAAUUAUACUUAUACAACUGA